GGUGUAAGGUAAAGUUUAAAGCUUCGAUCUCAAACCCCAAACAUUCUAUACAAUCCACAAAUCAUAUCAAGUCUCUUUAUCACUCCUCUUGACUAUCAAACUGCUAUCAGUUCUUUAGAAUUAAGUCAUUUUGCUUUCAAGUCAACUCUGAAGAUACCGACCCGCGCACAUCAUGUUCAUAUUGAAUUGGUUUUGGGAUGUAUUAGCCCAAUUCGGCUUGGUAAACAAGAACGCCAAAAUUCUUUUCCUCGGUCUAGACAAUGCCGGAAAGACGACCCUACUUCACAUGCUGAAAAACGAUAGACUGGCGACCCUUCAGCCCACUCUGCAUCCGACUUCUGAGGAACUCGCAAUCGGAAACGUCAAAUUUACAACUUAUGAUUUAGGAGGCCAUUCUCAGGCUCGACGACUCUGGAAGGAAUAUUUCCCAGAAGUUGACGGAAUUGUCUUUUUGGUAGAUUCACAGGACGUUGAGAGGUUUCCUGAGUCAAAAGGCGAAUUGGACGCUUUGCUUAGCAUUGAAGAACUGUCAAAGGUUCCAUUCUUGAUUCUCGGUAACAAGAUUGACGCCCCAGGGGCCGUCAGUGAAGAAGAGCUUCGUCACGGACUAGGAUUGUACCAAACUACAGGAAAGGGGAAAGUACCGCUAUCAGACAUCCGCCCCAUCGAGAUCUUCAUGUGCUCUAUCGUCAUGCGACAAGGAUACGGUGAUGGUUUCCGAUGGCUGGCACAGUACAUUUGAAUAACAAUAGGUUGGCGCUACGAUAUUUUCAUGUCUUUUUCCUUUUUUAUUUGUAAUUUGGCAAAACUUCGUGAACAUCAGAGGUGUUUUGAGCAAAUGAGUGAUUGAGCGAGAGUGUAGGACAUGGUGAAGGAACUGCACACCUUACUAUCCUCAUACGAGUUCAAACUUAGAGGAGUUUUUUGAUGAACAUACAAUUUUCAACACUUUCAUAUCUUUCGUGCUGCAUAAUGCUCGCUAGUAUUUACUCUACUCUUGCUCUGCUGUAGAGAUCCUUGAUACGGUUUUCAAAAGUAUGACAGUACUGGAUAAGUCAUGCCUAAAAGACAAGCUGGCUGAUAUUUGGAUAAAUUCAUGCCACAAGCCUGCUGCACAUUC